CCAAAGAAAACGUGACAGUCGUGUACAAUGAAGCAAACUGUCUCGAGUUUCACGUCGGGGAAUACUGGGAUCGAGAUUGCUUAACACGGCGCGAACUUCAAGAAAUGGCGCCUGCAUUGUUUUCGGUUGUGUUGUGAUAUUUUUACCCAUUUGUCGUCGUUUUAGUCGUUUUAAGCGAUUGACAGGCAUGUCUGUGAAGGUAAAAGAUGUCUUGGAAGCCCUUCAACAGAUGCAAAAGAGUCUUGAGUGUUCGAUAUGCCUUGAAUUGUUGAAGGACCCUCACUCAACAAAAUGUAAUCACCAGUUUUGUGGUCAGUGCAUCAGGCAAGUUCUUGAAAAGAGCAGCAAGAAGUCAAAGAACAAGUGGUAUUGUCCACUCUGCAAGACUCCUGUGUCCAAACGGAGUCUGACGCCAAAUCCUAAAUUAAAUGAAAUUGUUGCUGCAGUGCGCAAUUUGCAGGGAGCAGUGCAAGAAGAUACUGGAAUUCCAACAGGUUCUCCACCUUUGCAGCAAUACAAAUCAUCUAGCACAGCAGGUACUUCAGGAUGUGUUUAUUCCUCUACCCACCAUCCAACUCCUCAAAAACACCAAAAUGACUGCAAGGGAAUUAAGGGGAAAGUCACAGAGAAGAACCAGUUUAAUGUAUACAAUGAUAAUGAUGACAAUCACACUCUGGAAAAUGGACAGCCUCAAUUUGUGUCGAAUGUCAAUAUAAGGUCGACAUUAGGACCACGACGAACGCAAACUACAGCAAACAUCACAAAAUCUAAGAAAGCAUCCAACACAAAAACCACAAGAAGGACAAGGAGCUCUAGAAGAAUAGCUCAAAAAAGUCACCCUGAGGAAACACUAAACGGAAGGAGUGUCAGUGAAGAGCUACUUCAUAUGAUCGACACCAUGCCAUUCCAGCCAGUUUCUAAAGGGGAUCCAACAUGUCCGACUCAAGAUGAGGCACAAGUUGCUGUUGAUUCCCGAAGGGACCAGGGAGAUGAGGUCAGCCAUGAUCCUUUAAAGACAACAGAAACUGUAAGCACAGUUAAUGGUCGAAAGGUAACAGCAGGCAGUAACGAGACGUGUCAGAGUGCCCCGUUACAUCCUGAAAAAACUUCAUGUUUAACAACUAUCGCUGAGGCGGACUCCUCUGUCAGGGCAAACCCUUGUGACAGUGUAGCAUUUUGUGGAAACGAGGAUCAUUCACAACCCUGUGCAGUUACAACAACACACGACAAGGAAGAUGAAAGAGCGGUGUCAAGCACAAAGUUUGACUCUUGUCCUGUUAGUAGCUUGGACACCAUGCAAAGUGUAUCUAUACUUGCUUCCCUGGAUUACACUGCAGUUCCUGAUGAUACUCUCGAAGACCGACAGGAAGGCGCUCGAAAGGACGAAGGUGCCUCCAAUAAAGACAUACACGAUGUGGCGACCAAGAUUAGCGGUGAAGGAGAAGAGAAGGAGCCAUUUGUUGUUUGCCAAGGACAACAGACCAAUGAUCGUCAACAAGCGUCUCAAACUGUAAACAAGAAGUUGCCUUCUGAAAUCAUUGCGGGCUGUGUCGAGGAUCAUGAAACUCAAAGCUUAGGCUUUGAAGGUUUAGUUUCCUUGUUUGAUGAACGCUCUUUGAGUGAACCUGUAGAGGCAUCACCAAAAGCAGUUGAAACUGCGAAAGUGCAUCCAGAUUUGAGUAACAUCGGGCAGGAAGAAGUUUCUCCCAGAAAGAAAGGGCGUGGCCACCAGGAUGCGCUUUUGCCGGAAACGGCCCAGUCUGAUUUGUACGAACGUGUUAAGCAAAGGCAAAGAAGACGACCAUCUGAGAUGUCGCUGCAAUCCAACCGACGUUCCGAUUCUCCAAAGUUAAAAUCUGCCCAAUUGAAGGCGAAGACAAGAAAGAGAUCGGCGGAUGAUGUGGCUGUGUCUACACGAAACGAGUCCAUCCACGAUGGAAAUGCCAGAAAGAAGUUAAAAAAAUCUCAAGGUCCUGCACUCCAGCAAGAUUCUCCGCUUACGCUGAACGCAGAAAGUUCACGAGAGGAAAGUGGACUUUCUAGUAAGUGUAAAGAGGAGAGAGACGUGCAUAUAAAUGGAUCAAAAAUCCCAUGUGCGAAAGGUAAUGAUCAAGACGGUGCAUUGAGCCUUGGGAGUCAAUCGUGUUCAAGUGAUAACACCGUGCUUUCAAAUGAAAUGGUCCCAGCCAGCGUCUCGUCUUCAGAGAAAUCGAUCCCUUCAGUGAUCAAUCCAAUGAUCGCUCAUGUUGAUCAGGGUUUAGAUAACGCACCGAGAGGUUCUACAGAGAACACUAAAAAAUGGGGUUCGGAGAAGGGAGGGGAAAGUGACCGUAGAGAAAUAACUAAAAAUCGUACCUUUAUCGAAGACGGUUUGGAAAAGGUUGCAACAAAUGAGCAAAGUCCCCAAAUAAAGCCAAUUCAGGUUGAACGAAAGCAGAUGAAAGACGAACCUCAGGACAAGGAUAAAGCUCAUCAAGACGCAGAGUUCACGAACUGCGAAAUUUCCAGUCCAAUACAGCAACUAUUUUCAACGGCUCUACAGGUGGACGGCUCCGAAGAAAAUGGCCUUCCUGACGGAGACGAAGAGAAGAGAUCUCAUGUGGAAGAUACAGAAAGAGGCAGCUCAAGUCAAGUGUCGGUGACUGGUCGCCAGGAAUGCCUGGCGUUGGAACCCAGUGAGAAUGCCCUGGUGACUUGUUGUGGUCUCCAAAGGUCCCCGUUGCAAGAAGAUGUGGACGAACAGACAACUAAUCAAAGUAGCAUCAACGAUAUCCAAAAACUACGAAACGCCCGUAGCAGUUCAGAAUCAGUUCCAAAGCAGAAGCAAUUGACAAGUUCUUUCAACAGGCAUUCUCAGGAGAAGAUCUUGUCAGAGGUAACAGGAACAAGCGGCAGUGAAAUCGAAGGCAAAAAGUCUAAUAUAACUGCUGAAGCUGGGGGCAAAACAUCUGGGCCGUCGAGUGUGGAAGCAGACUUUUUAGACAACACCCCAACUCAAAGUUCCUUGGACGUCAUGGAUGCAGUGACCCCUUGUCUGUUUGAAAACGAAAGCUGGGAGACUCCAAAUAGGAAAAUGAGUCAAAAGAAAUCUGGAAACAAAAGGGGACCUAAGAUCGCGUCAGACAUCAGUGGGAGCAAUUCCAAAAUUGCGUCCAGAGGUUCCCAAACUCUUGUUCUCAGUUGUAUAACUGUAACCGAAGAGGAGAAAAUUGUCGAUAAAGCUGGUUUUGGAGGAAUAACUUCAUUGGAUGGUAGCCCAGCUGUAGCCAGAAAUGCUGAAAACCAACAGUUCUCUAAUGUGGCUCGCUGCUCUGAUGGUAGCAUCAAGGAGCUGACGUCGGACACGGACGCAGAAGGCACUCAGAGCUACGGGACCAGUCAGAGUAUCUCUGUUCUUCAUGAUUUGGAGUUUCCACUGCCAGAACGCCAAGAGGACGCGGAUGCUGCUUGCAGUGAACAAAGAGACGACAGAGGGAAGUCCUCGCAGAAAGUCCACGCAGAAUCAAAAGAAGAUGCUCCUUGGGCAGAACCGCUUCCAAAGAAACCAAGAAGUGGCGAACCGUUCUCAACGUCACGCAGUUUAAAUCCAAUAAACGUCACACUUGACCAGGGGAUUGGUCCCAGCAUCGAGAUGACCCGCGACUCAGAGUAUACGGAAAGUGACGUUAUACCACCUACGCCACCGGUGAAACCUGUUGCUAAACAGGUUUUCAGUUCUCGAAGUCCUACAUGUAUGAAGUUAACAUGCCCCAAAAUAAAACCACAAGGGAAAGACGAGGCAACCUGUCACUCAGAACGUGUGGUUGUAAAACAAAAGAGGCGAGUAAAGAGUACUCGUGUGUCAAACGCAGUGAAAUCGCAGGAUAGCGAAGGGAACAGAGCUGGAACACGAUGUAAUGCCACAUGCAGUGAAGACAGCGUCUCAUUGCUGAAAAAGCACGAAAGGACUCCAGAGGCGCCAAAUGCUCAUACCAUAGACGCCAGUCAAACCCUAGAGCCUGACCCCAACAAACAAUUACAAUCUUCGCCGGGAAAAAACGGGAGCAAAUUUGAAAAAUAUCCUUACGAAUCGCCAACGGACUUGAAAAAUUGCGUUCAGUCGAUCAGUAAAGAGCAGAAACGAAACGGUGUUUCGUCUGAAAUCACACAUGAUUCUGACAGUUUACACGACAAAGAUGAUAGUCAAGUUUCACAAAAAGAAAGCCAAAGGGUCUUUGCAAAGUUUGGAGUGAAAAAAAGCACAGACUCAGUGGAUAAACCUUUGGGUGAAAUACAGGAGGAAAGUGUUAAUUCCUCACCUCGCAAUCUUGUGAAACGAAGAGUUUAUGAUAUUGUAGAUUCGUUUGAUUGGUCGAGGACUAUAGACAAGGGUGAAGGCAAUAGAGAUUCACAAGAUGGCUCUGCAAUUCUCAUUGUCGACGAUAAUAAAGACACCGAACGUGUUAAAGAAAAUGAAAAGAAAGAUGAAAAUGAAGCUUUGGCAGAUGACUUCUUCCCAGAGAAGUCCGUAGCGGGAAAAUUCCAAGAAAAUGAUGAUCAUGACCGCAACCUUGUUGAUGUUCAAAAUGCAGAUUUCCGUGAUAGAGACGAGGAUGGCAAUUUCCCUUGCACUUACGAUGGAGAGGAUUCUUCGAGCGAUGAAGCUUUGUUAAAACCGGUGUUCCUUCCCAAGGAAUUUGAGUCAGAUACCAAUGCAACGACUUGCGAGGGAGGCGCCGAAAAUGAAGAGGAGCAAGAGACAGCAUUUUCUCAAGAACUAAUUCCCUCUGAAAACGAGGAUGAAGACGAUGACGAUGGAAUCACAUCGUCGUGUAAAGCACUGGACAGUACUGCUGCAUCGUCUGCUACGUUUCUGUCGGAAGCUGCAGCCUCUACUCAGAAAAUGGAAGUCCUACGCCAGGACGUGGAAGAGAUUGAAAAGGAGAUGGAGGAGUUGAGAGCGUAUCUUGCUAAAACCGACGAGAAACGAGAGGAAGCGGAAGACACUGUUGAUAACAUGGAUUACCAAGAGGAGGAUUCAUGUGAUGACCCAGACAUGUUACCUUCACUCACUCCACCCCCUCCAUUAACACCCAAGAGCAUCCCACCCAUGCGACAACUUUCCUCCCCCCUGAAAAAUGUUUCACGCUAUCUAGAUCAGGAGGGGCAGUCUUCAGGUGAAGACAGCGAUUGUGAAGACCUGACGAGGACUAAUGAAGAGGAACAGUGCGAGCUAAGGAAAAACACGAAAAACGAAGGAGUCGGGAGUGUCGGAGAGAUGGAGGAUGCUAACAAAACGUGUACAAGGAAACGCCCUCUUUCUCCGAGUGAUGAAGAUGAUAGCUUAACUAUAACAGCGGUGAAAAACCGACAAGCUGGAACCCCUUCUCCACCGUCCAGUUGUCGUUCAAAACAAAAAUCUCAAGAUGAAGACGAAAAGGAGUUGAUCGUGAUUGACGAUCGAGACUCUGUUCACUCGAAAACUGGUUCUCUUUUGCUUGUCAAGAGGAGGAAAGUGGCAGAUGAACUCGUCCCCAAGAAAUCUCCGGUCGUCAGUUUGUUAUUCACGAGAGCACGGAAAGAGUUCGCUAAAGCUAGCUCUGAUUCCCCAAGGCCAGUCGAGCAGAAUAGAGCACCGUCACCUGUUAAGAAAAAGUCGUCACCUUUCAUCUAUUCCCGAAAACGUGGUGCAGAGAUCUCGCCGAUAAAGGGGCAGGAGCCUCCGCGGGUAAUGUCACGUGAUAAUGCGUCACAUGACAUAAUGGCACGUGAAAGUGUGUCACGCGAUGUUGCGUCACGUGAUGAAUGUCGUUCACCGGAUCAGGAGGGUAGAAAGUUAAAGGUUGUGACGAAUGCAACAACAAGCGUGGAAAAAGAGGAUAAGAACUGUGGGGGAACUGGAACAAAGCAUUUGUCUUUCGUGGCGACGCGUCUAAACAGGAAGCAGCUAGCCGAAGCUCGCGCCCUUGCCGAAACGUAUGGCGGAAAACUAGCCAGUGAGUUCAACAGCAAGACAAGCCACGUGAUUAUGGCGACAGAUGAGAACAUGCAGGUGACACGUCAGAGUUAUACCAUGAAGUACCUAUUAGGACUAGCCCUUGGGAAAUGGAUUGUCAGUCACCACUGGAUCGCUGCAUGUAUUCAAGCCAAAGCCGUUGUACCUGAGGUGGAAUAUGAAGUGAAAGGCGAUCCAGGUCUCGGACAAGCCUCCAUCCCUCGCUUGGCAAGAACAUCCAGAAGUAACAAGGAGGAGGCACUUUUAUUCGAAGACGUUGAUGUUGUCUGUUUUGGCGAAUUCAGCGCCGCGGUCACUAAAGAACAACUUACCCAGUUGUUAAGGUUUUGUGGCGCCCGUGUCUAUGUCGAUGCUGAAAGUUUAAAAAGAAUGGAUAAGAAUCGUCGAAAGGUUGUCGUCAUCGAUAAAGAAACUCGAAACAGCGUCGACGAUGUGAAGGCUAUUUGCCGCCAGUUGAACACAAUGCCUGUGUCUUUAGAGUGGGUCACGGAUAGCAUUGCAAAUUACAAGGUUCAAGAUUUAAGAGAUUAUGUCAUGGAAUUCUACUAACGAGACAAAAAUGAAGCUUCACAAGAAGACUACGAUGCAAAUUUAAAAAACAAAAAACAAACAAUAGUUGAGCAAUAUGUAUUCAAUCCAAUCAGAAGACAAAAAAAACCGCUUUAAAAUCGAAGGGAAAUUCUCAACCUUGGUAGACAUCAAUAAAUAAUUUUUAAGAAGGAAAAAAA